AUGACUGGCGGCCACGGAAACUCGUCCUACUACAACAAGAAUGCGCACUCGCCUGCACUGAUUCGCGCCCGGCGACCAUACCUUCUGAAGAAUGCCAUCGUGGGAGCUGGUAUCGCCUCCUUCGCCAUAGGAGUUUACAUCUAUACCAUCAAGGCAAUUGGGCAAGAUGAAUUCACCGACGUCAAGGUGCCCGAUACACCGCAACAGCCGAUUGCGAAGUCAUAG